AUGGAAAGUAUUUACAGAAAGAAUGGUCCAGGAUGGCAAGAUUUGGAUGAUGAUGAAUUGAAAAGUCUGUUGUUCAAAUGCUUGGAAGACAGGAGGUACCUAGUUGUCAUGGACGACAUCUGGGAAAUUGAAGCAUGGAAUGAGGUAAGUGUUGCCUUUCCUACUAACUCCAAUGGAAGUAGGGUAUUGAUCACUAGCCGAAUAAAAGAAGUGGCAUUACAUGCUAGUAGUCUUAAUAAUAGUAUUCCUCAUAUUCCCCCUUAUGAACUCCCAUUUCUUGAUGAAGAUAAAAGUUGGGAGCUCUUCUCUAAGAAAGUGUUUGGGGGAGGUACAUGUCCUCUAGAACUUGAAACUCUAGGGAGACAAAUUGUGAAAAGUUGCCGUGGUUUACCACUUGCUAUUGUGGUAUUGGGCGGUCUUUUGGCCAAUAAGGAGAAAACGCAUCGAACAUGGUCAAAAUAUGUUGGCCAUGUCAAUUCGUAUUUGACUGAGGAUAGAUCAAGUUGCAUGGACAUACUGGCUCUAAGCUACAAUCACUUACCCCGACGCUUGAAAUCAUGUUUUCUAUAUUUUGGUAUCUACCCAGAAGACUUUGAGAUACCAGUGAGGCAACUUAUCCGACUUUGGAUAGCAGAGGGAUUCAUUCGACAAAUCGGGAAUAGAAAUAUAGAGGAUGUUGCUGAAGACUACUUGGAGGAACUUAUCGAUUGGAGCUUGAUUCAAGUGGCAACAAAAAGGCUAGACGGAGGAGUCAAAACAUGUCGAAUCCAUGAUCUUUUACGAGACCUUUGUAUAUCGGAAAGUGCUGAAGAGAAGUUUCUUGAGGUUUGUUCAGAUAUUAAGCUUUCACCCAUGAGCAAAUGUCGUAGAAUUUCCAUUCACUUUGCCAACCAUCCAUACAUUUCUUCCAACCCUUGUGAGUCUUCAAAUAUUCGUUCUGUAAUGGGCUUUGGGGGGGUUGUCGGGCUUGAGAGUCCUCUUGACAAAGGCUACUACUUGAAAUGGCUAUGUAAAAGUAACAAGUUGGUUCGUGUGGUAGAGCUUAGUAAUAUGGCCAUUUGUUGCGUAAUCCCCAAAAGGAUUGAAAACCUGGUUCUUUUGAGGUACUUGAGCAUUUCUUCUGGUGCGCGUCAUGUCAUUCCAAAUUCUAUAUGCAACCUUUGGAAUCUUGAGACGCUGGAUAUGAGAAAUUUUGAAAUUAAAUGCUUGCCCAAGGGGAUAUGGAAGUUAAAAAAAUUGAGAUAUUUAUACUUAAAUGGGCCAACAUCUCUACCUAGAACUGACAAUAAAGCGGGUUUACCCAAUCUUCAAGUCCUUACUGGUAUAGAUUUAAAUCUCAACAGUAUGCGUCUCUUUGCCAGGGCCAGAUUUCCUAACCUAAGAAAAUUAGGAUUGCGCUCAGCCUCAGGAAGGUUUAUAGACAUAGACUCAGUGGUUUUGUCGUUGUCAAGCAUCUAUCCCUUGCGUCAUCUACAGACUUUGAAGUUAUGUGAAUUUAUGAUUAUUCUCUCAGAUAAAAUUUCACUCCAGUUAACAAAGAUAACCUUGCUGGAUUUAAGAGUUUGUGCGCCAUCUACCUGGGGAGUGUUGGGUAGCCUUACCAACCUUCGGAUACUCAAAGUAGUUGGAUGUGGCAUGUUCACACUCGAAUGCAAUGAAAGUAGUUUUUGUCAACUCGAAGUCCUCAAAAUGGCAAAAGUAACUAAUUCAGAAUGGACUAUGGAGAAAGGUGCAAUGCCAAGGCUACAACGUUUGGUCAUCGAGCGUUGCAACUUUAAAACGAUGCCGCUGGACGAACUAUGGUGCUUGAGUGCUUUGAGGGAUGUGGAAGUUCUACAUCCCGAUCCAGAAUUGGCAAAUAUGCUUCGACAGUUGCAGAUGAGGGAUGGAUGUAAGCUCCAAGUCUAUCCACCUCUGAAUCCAUUCCCAACAACUAAUUGA